AUGAUGAUCAAUUAAAUAUAUUUCAGAAAUUAUUUAAAUCUUUUAUUUUUAUUUAAGCAAAUGAUGAACGAUCAAGUAUAACAUAUUAAUAUUCUUAGCCUCCAUUCAUAUCAUUAGAGAGUUAUGAUGAUAUCAACUAGAUUAGAGAUAAAUUUCCACCUUUGGCAAAAAUCAACCUUAAUCAUGAAUUUAAUAAUUUAGAAGAAUGCAAGUUCUUUAUUAUAAGAACAUAAGGAGAAGACAAUGUCCAUAGAGCUAUGAAGUAUGGCAUUUGGACUAGGUAAAUGAUUAAUAAGAUUAUAGCUCAUCUCGUAAAAAUGAAAGAUUACAUGAAGCAUUCACAAAUAAGAAAUAAGAAGUUUAUCUAUUUUUUACAGAAAUUAAUAGUAUGUGUUUUAGUGGAAUGGCUAAGCUAACUUCUGCAUUCAAUCCUAAAUUCCAUUUUAAGUUUUGGUUAAUUGAAAAUAAAUGGUUUGGAACAUUUACAAUCGAAUGGGUAUUAUAUUAAUUUAUCAUUUAGUUGUAUAUAAAGGAUCUUUCAUUCAAAUUAUUUGAAAAUAUCAAGCAAAUCCAAAAAUUGGAAGGUAGUGAUGAAACUUUGAAAUCUGUAUAUGAUUUGAUAGAUUGUACAGAAUUAUCUAAUGAAAAUGGUAUUAAAAUGACUAAAAUAUUUUAAAAUGAAGUCUCAAAUAAAAGUUUAUUUGAAGAAUUUCCUUAAUUAGAUAAAUUGGAAGUAUUGUUAUUUUAUAAUUUCACAGUUUGAAAAUCGUGAAGAAAGAACAAAUAAUUAAAGAUUUGAAAAGAAAUUCAAGGAACUCUCUUCUGUCUUUGAAACUAUCCCAUUCUCCUUCUCAGUUGCAUCUUAUGAGAGGAAAAAAAAUAAUCGAAAAUCUUAAGGUGGAUACUACUAACCUCCUUAUGGUUAAUAAUAUUAUUAUUAAUAACCUUACUAGCCUUAUUAGUCUUAUUAUUAAUAAUAAUAAGUUGGUAUAUUUAAUAUAAUUAUUUUAGGUUAUUAAUUUCAAUAAACUCCAUAAUAUUGGCAAUAAAAUAAUGGAUUUUAUUAGAAUCAAUAUUAUCAAUAAUUAAAUAACAAUAAAUAGCAAUAUAGUAGACAACCAAAUUACGAGAAAUCUGGACGAUUAUAUUAGUAACCAUAAUAAUCUCAACCUUAAGGAAUUGAACAAUAAUAAAAUCCUGAUGCGAAUGUAGAUGCCUAAAACUUUUCUUUAGAUUAAAGAUUUUAAAUUAAUAAUUAAUAAUAAUAAAAAAGAACAAAAAUUGACAAAACCAAAAAAUACCAAAAUAAGAAUGAGGUGGAGUAUGUUGAGAAAAAUUAACCAUAAUCUUCUGUUUAAAAGGGUUGAU